AUGUACGGCACAUCAACCGGCCCCCAGACCGGUAUCAAUACCCCUCGAUCCUCUCAAUCGUUGCGUCCUCUCAUCCUUUCACACGGUUCCCUCGAAUUCUCCCUCCUUGUUCCGACCUCGCUUCACUUCCAUGCUUCCCAAUUGAAGGAUGGUUUCACGGCUUCAUUACCAGAGCCCACAGAUGAAUUGGCUCUCGAUGAUGAGCCUUCCUCAGUUGCCGAACUGGUCGCCCGCUACAUUGGCCAUGUAGCCAACGAGGUUGAGGAAGGAGAGGAUGAUGCCCAAGGAAACUACUUGGAAGUCCUGAAGCUCAUUCUGAAUGAGUUUGAGCGUGCUUUCAUGCGAGGCAAUGAUGUCCAUGCGGUGGCUGCCGGCCUCCCGGGCAUUGUCGCCAAGAAGAACGGUGUCGUGGAGGCCUACUAUGCUGGACGUGCUGCCGCGGGACGGCCCACCAAGCCUUACGACUCAGCUCUGUUCCGCGCGGCUUCCGACGAUGCCGCGGGCAUUUACACCGUUUUUGGUGGCCAGGGCAACAUCGAGGAGUACUUUGACGAGCUGCGUUCCAUCUACACCACUUAUCCCUCCUUCGUAGAGGAGCUGAUCACUUCCUCUGCAGAGCUUCUGCAAUCCCUUUCCCGGGAACCAGAGGCUAGCAAGCUUUAUGCCAAGGGUUUGGAUGUCAUGCAAUGGCUUCAGGAUCGGGAUUCCCAGCCUGACACUGACUACCUGGUCUCUGCCCCUGUCAGUCUGCCAUUGAUUGGAUUGGUGCAACUUGCUCACUACACUGUGACUUGCAAGGUUUUGGGUCGCCAGCCUGGUGACCUGCUUGAGCGUAUUCGCGGUACCACCGGUCACUCACAAGGUGUGGUCACUGCUGCGGCUAUUGCGACUGCCACUACUUGGGAGUCAUUCGCUGUUGCUGCCAAGAAUGCCUUGACUAUGCUGUUCUGGAUUGGUCUGCGCAGCCAACAGGCUUACCCCCGCACUUCCAUUGCCCCUUCCAUGCUUCAGGACUCGAUUGAGAAUGGCGAAGGAACCCCAACUCCUAUGCUCUCCAUCCGUGAUCUCUCCCGAGCUGCUGUUCAGGAGCACAUUGAUGCCACCAACCAGCACUUGCCGGAAGAUCGUCACAUCGCCAUUUCCUUGGUGAACAGUGCCCGCAACUUUGUCGUCACAGGUCCUCCCAUUUCCCUCUACGGUUUGAACCUGCGCCUGCGUAAGGUCAAGGCUCCUACUGGUCUGGACCAGAACCGUGUUCCUUUCACUCAGCGCAAGGUUCGGUUUGUUAACCGCUUCUUGCCUAUAACCGCUCCUUUCCACAGCCAGUAUCUCACCUCUGCCUACGAUCGAAUCCUGGAAGAUCUUGAGGAUGUUGUUGAUAUUCCCGCCAAGUCUUUGGUAAUCCCCGUUUUCCACACUAAGACCGGUGAGGACUUGCGUCUCCUCGGCGACGAGAGCGCCGUCCCCUCCCUGGUCCGCAUGAUUACCCAUGAUGCGGUCAACUGGGAGCAGGCCACCGUUUUCCCCCGGGCUACUCACAUUGUUGACUUUGGUCCUGGUGGUAUCUCUGGUCUGGGUGUUCUCACUAACCGCAACAAGGACGGUACUGGUGUGCGCGUCAUUCUUGCUGGUGAGAUGGACGGUACUAACGCUGAGGUCGGUUACAAGCCUGAGCUGUUUGACCGUGAUGAGCACUCUGUGAAGUAUGCUGUGGACUGGGUUAAGGAACACGGCCCUCGUCUCGUGCAGACUUCCACCGGUGAGACUUACGUCGAUACCAAGAUGAGUCGUCUCCUGGGUAUUCCCCCCGUCAUGGUUGCUGGUAUGACUCCCACUACAGUCGCAUGGGACUUUGUGGCUGCCACUAUGAAUGCUGGUUUCCACAUUGAGCUGGGUGGUGGUGGUUACUACAACGCCAAGACCUUGACUGAGGCCAUUACCAAGAUCGAGAAGGUCAUCCCUCCCGGUCGUGGUAUCACCAUUAACCUGAUUUACGUCAACCCCCGCGCCAUGGCCUGGCAGAUCCCUCUUAUUGGCCGUCUGCGUGCCGAUGGUGUUCCCAUUGAGGGUCUUACCAUCGGUGCCGGUGUGCCUUCAAUUGAGGUUGCCAAUGAGUACAUCGAGACUCUUGGUAUCAAGCAUAUUGCCUUUAAGCCUGGCUCUGUUGACGCUAUUCAGCAAGUCAUCAACAUCGCCAAGGCCAACCCCAAGUUCCCCAUUAUCAUGCAGUGGACCGGUGGUCGUGGUGGUGGUCACCACUCCUUCGAGGACUUCCACCAACCUAUUCUUCAGAUGUACGGCCGUAUCCGUAAGCAAGACAACAUUGUUCUGGUUGCUGGUAGUGGUUUUGGUGGCUCCGAGGACACCUACCCUUACCUCUCUGGUACCUGCCGUAUGAUGAUUGCCAAGGAGGCUCAUACCUCCAAGAACGCCAAGAAGGCUAUUGCUGAGGCACCUGGUGUUGAUGAUGCCGAGUGGGAGAACACUUACAAGAAGCCCACCGGUGGUAUUAUCACUGUUCUCUCUGAGAUGGGUGAGCCUAUCCACAAGCUGGCCACCCGUGGUGUCUUGUUCUGGUCGGAGAUGGACCAGAAGAUCUUCAAGCUUGACAAGGCCAAGCGUGUCCCCGAGCUGAAGAAGCAGCGCAACUACAUCAUCAAGAAGUUGAAUGACGAUUUCCACAAGGUCUGGUUCGGUCGGAACACUGCUGGCGAGACUGUCGACCUGGAGGACAUGACCUAUGCUGAAGUUGUUCACCGUAUGGUCGACCUGAUGUACAUUAAGCACGAGUCCCGCUGGAUUGAUGAGUCGCUGAAGCGCCUGACCGGUGACUUCCUUCGUCGCGUCGAGGAGCGUUUCACUACCGCUGAUGGACAGGCUUCUCUGCUCCAGAACUACUCCGAGCUUAACACUCCUUACCCAACAGUGGCUGACAUCCUCGCCGCCUACCCCGAUGCUGCUUCUCAGCUGAUUAACGCUCAAGAUGUUCAGCACUUCCUGCUCCUGUGCCAGCGCCGCGGACAGAAGCCUGUUCCCUUCGUUCCUUCUCUUGACGAGAACUUCGAGUACUUCUUCAAGAAGGACUCCUUGUGGCAGAGUGAAGAUCUGGAGGCUGUUGUUGACCAGGACGUUGGCCGUACCUGUAUUCUCCACGGUCCCAUGGCCGCUCGCUUCUCCAACGUCAUUGACGAGCCUGUCAAGGAUAUUCUUGAUGGCGUUCACCACGGUCACAUCGCUGGCCUGCUGCGUGAUGUCUACGGUGGUGACAAGUCUAAGAUCCCCGUGAUCGAGUACUUCGGUGGCAACCUGGUCAACGUCGAGGACGAGCCUGAAGUUGAGGGACUUACCAUCUCUGAAGAGGCCAACAAGACCAGCUUCCGCCUGUCCUCUUCCCCCGCUGACUUGCCUGAGUUGGACCGCUGGCUCCGUCUUUUGGCUGGCGAUUCCUACUCUUGGCGCCACGCCUUGUUCCUGGCCGAUGUCUUCGUUCAGGGUCACCGUUUCCAGACCAACCCACUCAAGCGUGUUGUGGCCCCUACUCCAGGCAUGUUCGUUGAGAUCACCAACCCCAAUGACCCUGCCAAGUCUGUCAUCAGUGUUCGUGAGCCCUACCAGUCUGGCAAGAUGGUCAAGACCGUUGAGGCCAAGAUGAACGAGAACGGCCAGAUUAGCCUCACUAUGUUCGAAGGCCGCACCGCUGAGGGUGGUGUUGUUCCUCUGACCUUCCUCUUCACCUACCACCCGGAGACUGGAUAUGCCCCCAUUCGUGAGGUCAUGGGAGACCGCAACGACCGCAUCAAGGAGUUCUACUACCGUAUCUGGUUCGGUAACAAGGAUGUUCCCUUCGACACUCCUACCACUGCCACCUUCAGCGGUGGUCGCGAGACCAUCACCUCCCAGGCUGUUGCCGACUUCGUUCACGCCGUCGGUAACACUGGUGAGGCUUUCGUUGACCGUCCUGGCAAGGAGCCUAUCUUCCCUCGCACCAUCGACGGAGAUCUGCUGAAACUGGUUCACCUGUCCAACGGUUUCAAGAUGGUUCCUGGUGCCGAGCCCCUGAAGGUCGGUGAUGUCCUGGACACCACUGCUCAGAUCAACGCCGUCAUCAACCAGGAGUCUGGCAAGAUGGUUGAGGUUUGUGGCACUAUCGAGCGCGAUGGUAAGCCCAUCAUGCACGUCACCAGCCAGUUCUUGUACCGCGGUGCCUACACCGACUUCGAGAACACCUUCCAGCGCAAGGAUGAGGUGCCCAUGCAGGUUCACCUGGCCACCAGCCGCGAUGUCGCCAUUCUCCGCUCCAAGGAGUGGUUCCGCAUGGAUGAGACCGAUCUUGAGCUACUUGGUCAGACCCUUACCUUCCGUCUGCAGAGUUUGAUUCGCUUCAAGAACAAGACUGUCUUCAGCAAUGUCCAGACAAUUGGUCAGGUUCUGCUGGAGCUGCCCACCAAGGAAGUCAUCCAGGUCGCCUCCGUGGAAUACGAGGCCGGUGACUCUCACGGCAACCCCGUGAUUGACUACCUGCAGCGUAACGGUACCUCCAUCGAGCAGCCUGUCUACUUUGAGAACCCUAUCCCGCUCAGCGGUAAGACUGCUCUCGAGCUCCGCGCUCCCGCCUCCAACGAGACCUAUGCUCGUGUCUCCGGUGAUUACAACCCCAUUCACGUGUCUCGCGUCUUCUCCAGCUAUGCCAACCUUCCCGGUACCAUCACCCACGGUAUGUACAGCAGUGCUGCCGUGCGUAGCUUCGUUGAGACCUGGGCCGCUGAGAACAACAUUGGCCGUGUUCGUGGCUUCCACGUCUCCCUUGUUGGCAUGGUUCUGCCCAACGAUAUGAUCACUGUUAAGCUUCAGCACGUCGGUAUGAUUGCUGGUCGUAAGAUCAUCAAGGUUGAGGCCAGCAACAAGGAGACCGAGGACAAGGUUCUACUGGGUGAGGCUGAGGUUGAGCAACCUGUCACUUCUUACGUCUUCACUGGUCAGGGUUCUCAGGAACAGGGCAUGGGUAUGGAGCUCUAUGCCAGCAGCCCUGUUGCCAAGGAGGUCUGGGAUCGUGCUGAUCGCCACUUCAUUGAGAACUACGGUCUGUCAAUCAUUGACAUUGUCAAGAACAACCCCAAGGAGCUCACUGUCUACUUUGGUGGUCCUCAGGGUAAGGCUAUCCGCCAGAACUACAUGGCGAUGACCUUCGAGUCAGUGAACGCUGAUGGUUCUAUCAAGUCGGAGAAGAUCUUCAAGGGUAUUGAUGAGAACACUGACUCCUACACUUACCGCUCUCCUACCGGUUUGCUGUCUGCUACUCAGUUCACUCAGCCCGCUCUGACUCUGAUGGAGAAGGCCAGCUUCGAGGACAUGCGCUCCAAGGGUCUGGUUCAGCGUGACAGCAGCUUCGCUGGGCACUCUCUGGGUGAAUACUCUGCCCUGGCCGCCCUGGCUGAUGUCAUGCCCAUUGAGAGCUUGGUGUCCGUCGUCUUCUACCGUGGCUUGACCAUGCAGGUCGCUGUCGAGCGUGACGAGCAGGGUCGUUCCAACUACUCCAUGUGUGCUGUUAACCCCAGCCGUAUCUCCAAAACCUUCAACGAGCAGGCUCUUCAGUACGUUGUUGAGAACAUCUCCGAGGAAACCGGCUGGUUGCUGGAGAUUGUCAACUACAAUGUUGCCAACAUGCAGUACGUUGCUGCUGGUGAUCUCCGUGCUCUUGACUGUCUCACCAACCUGCUCAACUUCCUCAAGGCUCAGAACAUUGACAUCCCCGCUCUCAUGCAGAGCAUGUCUCUCGAGGACGUCAAAGCUCAUCUGACCGGCAUCAUCCAAGAAUGUGUCAAGCAGACUGAGUCCAAGCCCCGUCCCAUCCAGCUGGAGCGUGGUUUCGCCACCAUCCCGCUUAAGGGUAUCGAUGUGCCAUUCCACAGUACCUUCUUGCGCUCUGGUGUCAAGCCUUUCCGUUCUUUCUUGCUGAAGAAGAUCAACAAGACUACCAUUGACCCUAGCAAGCUGGUCGGCAAGUACAUUCCUAACGUUACUGCUCGUCCCUUCGAGAUUACCAAGGAGUACUUUGAGGAUGUGUACCGUCUUACUAACUCACCCCGUAUUGCUGCUAUCUUGGCCAACUGGGAAAAGUAUGAAGAGGGCACUGAGACCGCCCGUGCGGCUUAA